GUUUCGCAUGCGCAACACAAAAUUCAAAAUGGCGGGACAGAGAACACCCCAGACUGUCGAUUCAAGAGCAGAACUAACGGAGUUGGUGAAAAGAAGAGCUGAAAUAGCUGAAACCUUGGCCAACUUGGAGAGACAGAUCUAUGCAUUUGAAGGUAGUUACCUUGAAGAUACAGCUUUGUAUGGAAAUAUCAUUCGAGGAUGGGAUAGAUAUCUUACUAAUACAAAGAACACCAACAGUAAGGCAGAUAAAAGGAAUAGGAAAUUUAAGGAACAAGACAGGUUGUUCUCCAAGUCUUCUGUUACCUCUGCUGCAGCUGUAAGUGGAUUAGCUGAUCAAAUAGACAAAAGAGAGCCAAACAGUCCAUCAGAAUCUCAAUCACCAAGUAGUCAACUUUCCCAAGCACACAAUGCACAAAGUUCACAAAAUGGAAGUGGAAACAGCAGUGGUAGUGAAGCUGGGGGCAGUAUACCAAUUCAGAAUCAUUCUGGGAGGGUCCAGAAAUCGGCUAAACACAGUAAAAAAGGAAAAAAUAAAUCAAAACACAGGUUAGAAGUAAAACUAAGAAAAGGAAAGGAUGGAAGUAAGUGAAUGUUUGCUAAAUUGAUCAGCGAGUGUGUAUCUUUACUUUUCAUGUCUGAUCAAGAAUGGUAACAUUGGUCGCUGUCUUUUUGCAUAUUUGAAAAAAAACUUAGAUAUUCAAAAUUAAAUCUCCAAGGGGUAGCCAGAAACAAAUGUCUUAAAUUUAAUCUUAAUAAUACCCACAGCAAGAUAGAAAACAGUUCUUGAAUCCUUAGAUAUUGUUUAUUGUUUGUGUUAUAUAGAAAAGUAUAGUUACAUUCACAUGUGAUUAGGGUUAAAUAGGCUAUAACAUUCUUUAGCACUAAAUUCCUUCACAAAUUACUCUGGGUUAAGCUUUUUAUGUACAGACAUGGUUCAUUUUUCUCAAUCUGUCAUUUUCAUUAUGUGAAUUUGAACUCUCAUGGGCCUGAAGC